ACCAAUAAGCCAUCCACAUCUUGUUCUUUCUGUGACAUAAAAACAAAGAAAUUAAUAAACUUAUGAAAAAAAAAAUGGAACAAAUCAUAAAAUAAAUUUUCUGUAUCAAUCAAAUUUUAAAACAGCAUAUUUUGCCGUACUGAUACAUGAUGAUAAAGUCUAUGCAACUAAAGGCACAUCGAUUAUGGAACACCCACUUCUAAUACACUCAACCAAACAAAUUAAUCAAAGCAUAUUACAUACACUACAAUUUUUUUGUCCGUUUCAUAGAACAUAGUGGAAUUCAAAAACAAAAUCAAUAUAAUGUGCCUAUGAAAAUGGAAAGAAAUGGGGAAUGCAACUUUCUUUGUGUGUACAUAAAUAUAUAUUACUAAAACAUAGUUUUCUUCUUUUCAUUAACCUCUCCUAUCUAUAUUUAGCUUUAUUAUAUCAUAUAUAUAUAUAUGAGUAAACAUAUAUAAACCCAGAAUCCAAUAUCAAGUUCUAAUUGAUUGCAAAGGAAAACCAUGGUGGUUUCUUCUUCAGAGAAAGCUACAACUAAUGAACAAGUCACAAGGAAGAAGGGUGGCCUUAGAACACUCCCAUUUAUCAUAGCAAAUGAGACAUUUGAAAAGGUUGCAAGCUUUGGGCUUCUGGCUAAUAUGAUGUUGUAUUUAAUGAAUGAAUAUCACUUGAAAAUCACAACAGGAGCUAAUGUUAUCUUCUUGUGGAGUGCCUUAUCAAAUUUUACUCCAAUCAUAGGAGCUUUUCUUUCUGACUCUUACUUGGGUCGGUUUCGUGUAAUUGCAUUGGGGACAAUCGUUUCCUUACUUGGAAUGGUUGUUCUACUUUUAACUGCUGUAAUUCCACACGCAAGGCCUCCUUAUUGUGACAUAAAGCAUGGAGAAAAAUGUGUUGCUGCAAAUCUUGGCCAACGCUUACUACUUUACACUUCAUUUGUUCUGAUGAGCAUCGGAGCUGGAGGGAUCAGACCAUGUUCCAUGGCUUUCGGCGCAGAUCAACUGGACCGGCCCGAAAAACCCGAAAACCAGAGGAACUUACAGAUCUUCUUUAGUUGGUAUUACGCUUCAACUGGAGUCUCCAUAAUACUAGCUGUGACAGUCAUAGUUUAUAUUCAGGAUAACGUUGGUUGGGCUGAAGGUUUUGGAGUCCCUCUUGGGCUCAUGGCUUUUUCAACUCUCAUGUUUCUUUUGGGUACUUCAUAUUUUGUCAAGGUUAAGGGUAACAAAAACUUGUUCUCUGGUUUUGCCUAUGCUAUCUCUGCCGCUUGGAAAAACAGACACUUGUCUCUCCCACCUAACAACUUUGAUGCUAAUUGGUAUCACCACAAAGGUUCCAAGCUUGUGGCCCCAACUGAAAAACUAAGGUUUCUGAACAAGGCAUGCAUAAAAAGGGACCCUUCAAAAGAUUUGAGCCCAGAAGGGGAAGCCAAAGAACGAUGGAGUGUAUGCACAGUUAGACAAGUAGAAGAACUAAAAGCACUGAUCAAAGUAAUCCCUAUCUGGUCAGCUGGCAUUUACAUCUCCGCAGCCAUCGGCCAAUCCUUCUGGCUAGCCGAAGCAAACCAAAUGAAGAGGCACUUGACCCCACAUUUCGAAAUCCCAGCAGGCUCAUUCACUGUCUUCACACUCCUCGCACUAACACUAUGGGUGGCCUUAUACGACAGAGUCAUAGUCCCACUUCUCUUGAAACGCAGCCCAAAACAACUCCACCAACCCGGGUUGGGCUACAAACUGAGGAUGGGCAUUGGUUUGGCCAUUUCUUGUCUGGCCACCGCAGUGGCUGCCAUAGUCGAGAAAAAGAGGAGAGAACAUGCACUCAAUGGAGAGAUCAUAUCAGCCAUGUGGCUUGUGCCUCAGUACAGCUUAGUUGGGUUAGCUGAGGCUUUUAAUGCAAUUGGGCAGAUAGAGUUUUACUAUUCUCAGUUCCCUAAAAGCAUGUCUAGUAUUGCUGUGUCACUUUUCACACUUGGGAUGUGUUAUGGGAACUUGCUUGGGGCUCUUAUAGUGAAGAUUGUGGAGAGUUGUACUGAAAACUUUAAUGGUGAAGGAGUGAGUUGGCUCCCUGAUAAUCUCAACAAGGGUCGAUUGGACCAGUACUAUUGGCUGCUCACUCUCUUCGGUUUUGUCAAUCUGUUGUACUAUAUUUUGUGUAGUUGGGCUUAUGGACCUUGUGAGAAUAGACAGAUAUGGGAAGAGGAGGAGGAAGAACAAGAAUAUGUGUCCAAAUCUAAGGAGUCAUAUUCCUUUGCAGCUUGAUCUAGCUAUUAAUGUAUGAUGAAUUAUUUAUAUUAUGGUGAUUAUGGUCUUGCCACAGAUAAUUAACGGACCAAUUUGAAUAUUAAUAGAAAUAUAUAUUAUAAACCGAUAAUAAGUUCUAUUAUGAGUAAUGCUAGACACUAAAACAUAUUUAAUUACACAUUUUUUAUAAUUUGAUGUGUAUUUAGUUUUAGUUAUACAUAGUUUUAAGUGAGAAACAUGUCAUGUUUUAUUGUAUGUUAAAACGUAAAAGUAGUUGGACACCAUUCUGUGUAAAAAAAAUAAAUACAAUUUUGGUAAUAAA